ACGGUCCGGAGGCUUCCACGGAUUGCGCGCGCGCCCCGCCUGCCGGGACGAGGCCGGUGCAGAUCACGUGAUCCCCGGCCCCCUCCCGCCCCCGCGCUCAUGCGCAGCUAUCUCCAGAGAGGGCCGUUAUGCUAACUCCCGCUUGGUAGCGAAAACAUUUGAAGUGUUUCCCUCCGGGUCUGGGUGGCAACUCCGAGGACUCCCACGAGGAGUCUAACGCCUCACCGUUUAGACUUACAGGUGCCUAAUUCAAGGUGUCUUUUUAACUUGCUCCCCCCAGUCUUUAAAAAGAACUAGUAAUAAUGAGUGUAGGAGAUAGGGUGCUGGUCUCUAAAACAUGCUAUAAGAGCGGCAGGACCGAGACGACUGGCAGUCGCGAGCUUUGUUAAGGCCCUCCCGCGAGCUCGCAGAAUGGAGUCCUGGUCCUUUUAGACCGGCUGCCAAGGGGUGGGGUGUAGAGCGGAAGUUAUGGCGCGGGGACGAAGUCUGGCCGAUGAAGGGCGGAAGUAAGAGUUCCAACUCUGCAGUCAUGGCUCAAGAAGAGGAAGAUGUUAGAGAUUACAAUUUGACGGAGGAACAGAAGGCGAUCAAGGACAAGUAUCCUCCUGUCAAUCGAAAGUAUGAAUAUUUGGAUCAUACGGCGGAUGUCCAGUUACAUGCAUGGGGAGAUACUCUGGAGGAAGCAUUUGAACAGUGUGCCAUGGCCAUGUUCGGUUACAUGACAGAUACUGGGACUGUGGAACCCCUCCAAACAGUGGAAGUAGAAAUCCAAGGAGACGACUUGCAGUCUCUGUUGUUUCACUUUUUGGACGAGUGGCUUUACAAGUUCAGUGCUGAUGAGUACUUCAUACCCCGGGAAGUGAAAGUACUUAAUAUUGAUCAAAAAAAUUUCAAGUUACGAUCCAUUGGGUGGGGAGAAGAGUUCUCACUGUCCAAGCACCCUCAGGGAACAGAAGUCAAGGCAAUAACAUACUCAGCAAUGCAAGUCUAUAACGAAGAGAAGCCAGAAGUGUUUGUGAUCAUCGACAUUUAAAAUACCAAAAAAGGAAGCCUCUUCUGAACUGAUUUGUUUUCUUCCUUUUGAGAGGAUAUGAUGAUUCAUUUUCUAUAGUUUCUUUGCUAAAUGGAAAUACACAACUGAGAAUUUAAAGUUUGACUUUCAGAAAUGGAAACCCGGUGUGUAGCCAUGGUCUAUGAUUCCUGGAUAAUGAAUUGUUUGAUUUUUGAGGCGCA